CCUCCCCGCCGGCGGCGGCUCCCGCUCGGGGAGCUCGGCUUUCCCCGUGCCACACGGGGAUCCGCCUGGCAGCCGCCGGGAGCCGCAGCCAAUGUGUUAGGACUUCAGGUGCUUUUUGGCACAAAGCUAGACUGCGACCUCCUACCAUAGCGCUUGGCGUCACCUGCUUUCCCGGCCCUGCCCCGGGGCCGAGGGAUUGCGUCCCGAACCAGGCUUGGGAACCGGCUGCCUCUCAAUUCAAAUAAGUAAAUGAAUUUAGAAAUUCAUUCUUUUCUAUUACAGAUGAACCUCUAGUCUUGCUUUGAAAAAGCCAUUUUGUGUAACUCUUGACUGAAUAAUUUCCUAAUACACCUGUUGGGAGGAUCACUGAUACAGUAUGCCAUUUGAGAGGUACUUUUUCUUGACCAAAUACUGGUGAUUAGAGAAGAGAGGUGUUUUGUUUUUGUUUUUUGUUUUUUUGUUUUUUUUUUCCUGAUCAUUAUGAACACUGGCUUUUCACCCCUGAAGUAAAAAUGUUGAAAACCGAGUCUUCAGGUGAACGAACCACUCUCAGAAGUGCCUCUCCUCACAGGAAUGCUUAUAGAACUGAGUUCCAGGCACUGAAAAGUACCUUUGACAAACCCAAGUCAGAUGGGGAACAAAAAACAAAAGAAGGUGAGGGCUCCCAGCAGAGCAGGGGGAGGAAAUAUGGCUCCAACGUCAACAGAAUUAAAAAUCUAUUCAUGCAGAUGGGUAUGGAACCCAAUGAAAAUGCUGCAGUCAUUGCCAAAACAAGGGGGAAAGGUGGACCUUCGUCUCCGCAGAGAAGAAUGAGGCCCAAAGAAUUUCUGGAAAAAACAGAUGGCUCAGUUGUUAAGUUGGAGUCCUCCGUUUCAGAACGAAUCAGUAGAUUUGACACAAUGUACGAUGGCCCUUCAUAUUCCAAGUUCACAGAAACUCGGAAGAUGUUUGAGAGAAGUGUGCAUGAAUCAGGACAAAACAACCGCUAUUCCCCAAAGAGAGAGAAACCUGGAGGGAGUGAACCUCAGGAUGAAUGGGGUGGCUCGAAGUCCAACAGAGGCAGUACCGAUUCCUUGGACAGCCUUAGCUCCCGGACAGAGGCUGUCUCCCCAACUGUGAGUCAACUGAGUGCAGUAUUUGAGAACACCGAUUCCCCCAGUGCCAUUGUUUCUGAGAAGGCAGAGAACAACGAGUACUCCGUGACUGGGCAUUAUCCCCUGAAUCUACCAUCUGUUACUGUUACAAAUCUUGACACUUUUGGUCACCUUAAGGAUUCUAAUUCUUGGGCUCCUCCAAGCAAACACGGUGAUGAUGCAGAGGAUGCUCAGAAGGGUCAUACAACUCCAGUGCCAGAAGUGGCUUUGAAAAGUACCUCUCUAGCCCCAGUGCCCAGUAAAGAGACACAGCAGAGCAAGGACACCGAGGACUCCACAUCUAACCAAGAGACUCCUGUCGGGAUUGACAGAGACAUUCCUGAAGAACCUUGUGCUGAAAAUAAGGCAAUGCCAGAGUCAGAAAUCCCUUCACCACAAAAUGAACCUUUAGAAGACGCCGAAGCUAAUUUAGUUGGGAGUGAGGCAGCAAUGCAUCAGAAGAAAGACCUUGCAGGUGGUGAUUUUACCUCUGCUGCUGCUUCUGGAUCCAGGUGUGGAAAGGAAGUACCUGAAGAUUCAGAUCAUUUUGAGAGUACCCAUGUUUACAUGCACAGUGACUAUAAUGUAUACAGGGUAAGAUCCAGGUAUAAUUCAGACUGGGGAGAGACAGGCACUGAGCAGGAUGAGCAGGAAGAGAGUGAUGAAAACAAUUAUUAUCAACCUGAUAUGGAAUACUCGGAAAUUGUUGGAUUGCCAGAAGAAGAAGACAUCCCAGCAAAUAGGAAAAUUAAGUUUAGUAGUGCUCCAAUUAAGGUUUUCAGCACAUACUCCAAUGAAGACUACGACAGGAGGAACGAUGAAGUGGACCCCGUGGCUGCUUCUGCCGAGUAUGAACUUGAAAAGCGUGUAGAAAAGCUGGAACUUUUCCCAGUGGAACUAGAGAAAGAUGAGGAUGGACUUGGUAUAAGCAUUAUUGGAAUGGGUGUUGGAGCAGAUGCCGGACUUGAAAAGCUGGGAAUAUUUGUCAAGACAGUAACAGAAGGUGGUGCUGCUCAGAGGGAUGGCAGAAUACAAGUCAAUGACCAGAUUGUGGAAGUGGAUGGAAUCAGCUUGGUGGGUGUCACACAGAAUUUUGCUGCAACAGUUCUCAGAAACACCAAGGGCAAUGUCAGAUUUGUUAUUGGGCGAGAAAAGCCAGGACAAGUGAGUGAGGUUGCCCAGUUGAUAAGCCAGACGCUGGAACAAGAAAGGCGCCAGAGAGAGCUGCUCGAGCAGCACUACGCCCAGUAUGACGCCGACGAUGAUGAGAGCACUGUGGCUGAAUUGCAAGGAGUGUCUGGCAACAGCAAUAACAAUAACAACUAUUUCCUUAAGACAGGAGAAUAUGCCACAGAUGAAGAGGAGGAUGAAGUAGGACCUGUUCUUCCUGGCGGUGACAUGGCCAUUGAAGUCUUUGAGCUGCCUGAAAAUGAGGACGUGUUUUCCCCAUCAGACCUGGACACAAGCAAGCUCAGUCACAAGUUCAAAGAGUUGCAAAUCAAACAUGCAGUUACAGAAGCAGAGAUUCAAAAAUUGAAGACCAAGCUGCAAGCAGCAGAAAAUGAGAAAGUGAGGUGGGAGCUAGAAAAAACCCAACUCCAACAGAACAUAGAAGAGAAUAAAGAGAGAAUGCUGAAGUUGGAGAGCUACUGGAUUGAGGCUCAGACCUUAUGCCACACAGUGAACGAGCACCUCAAGGAGACUCAGAGCCAGUAUCAGGCCUUGGAGAAGAAAUACAACAAAGCAAAGAAAUUGAUCAAGGAUUUUCAACAAAAAGAACUUGAUUUCAUCAAGAGACAGGAAGCAGAAAGAAAGAAAAUAGAAGAUUUGGAAAAAGCUCAUCUUGUGGAAGUUCAAGGUCUGCAAGUACGGAUUAGAGAUUUGGAAGCUGAGGUGUUCAGACUACUGAAGCAAAAUGGGACUCAAGUUAACAAUAACAACAACAUCUUUGAAAGAAGAACAUCUCUUGGUGACGUCUCUAAAGGAGAUACCAUGGAGAAUUUGGAUGUCAAGCAGACAUCUUGUCAAGAUGGCCUAAGUCAAGACCUGAAUGAGGCUGUCCCAGAGACAGAGCGCCUGGAUUCAAAAGCACUGAAAACCCGAGCCCAGCUCUCUGUGAAGAACAGACGCCAGAGGCCCUCUAGGACAAGACUCUAUGAUAGUGUCAGUUCAACAGAUGGAGAAGACAGUCUGGAGCGAAAGCCUUCAAACAGUUUCUAUAACCACACACACAUUACCAAAUCACUUCUGCCCAAGGGUUUGAGAACUUCUCCAGAAUCAGAUUCUGGUGCUCCAUGCCUCACUCCAGUGGCUGGCAGUGUGCCCUUCUCGUCUGACCACAUAGCUGAAUUUCAAGAGGGACCACUGUGCCUGGAAAAAGAGCCUUCCUCCCUUAUUUGGGGAGACACUUCACUCUCCUCUCCUUCAAAAUCUGAUCAUGAUAUGGAAGAAUCUCCAUGCCACCAUCAAGCUGCCACCAAGAAAAUACCACAAGAAAAAGAUGGUGCCAAAGGUCCCAAAUCACUAAGGGCAUCCAGUUCACUGGUGGUACAAGGAGGAAAAAUUAAGCGCAAGUUUGUGGAUCUGGGGGCACCUUUGCGAAGGAAUUCCAACAAGGGAAAGAAAUGGAAAGAAAAGGAAAAAGAAGCCAAUAGGUUUUCUCCAGGUAGCAGGAUCUUCAGAGGCAGGCUGGAACACUGGAAACCCAAGCCGUCUCCCGUGCCUCACGCCUCCACCCGCUCGCCGUGCAUGCCUUUCUCGUGGUUUAAUGAGAGCCGAAAAGGAUCCUAUUCCUUCAGGGACCUGCCUUCACCUACAAGUCCCCUUCAGCCUUCUCCUGAAACUCUAAUUUCAGAUAAAAAGGGGUCCAAGAAUUUUACCUUCAACGAUGACUUCAGUCCCAGUAGUACCAGUUCAGCAGACCUUAGUGGCCUGGGAGCAGAACCCAAAACACCGGGGCUCUCUCAGUCCUUAGCACUGUCGUCAGAUGAGAGCCUGGAUAUGAUAGAUGACGAGAUCCUUGAUGAUGGACAGUCUCCCAAACACAGUCAGUGUCAGAAUCGGGCCGUUCAUGAAUGGAGCGUGCAGCAGGUUUCUCACUGGCUAAUGAGCCUAAAUCUGGAGCAGUAUGUAUCUGAAUUCAGUGCCCAAAACAUCACUGGCGAGCAACUCCUGCAGUUGGAUGGAAAUAAACUUAAGGCUCUGGGAAUGACGUCAUCCCAGGACCGAGCAGUGGUCAAAAAAAAACUCAAGGAAAUGAAGGUAUCUCUAGAGAAGGCUCGGAAGGCUCAAGAGAAGAUGGAAAAACAGAGAGAAAAGCUGAGGAGGAAGGAACAAGAGCAGAUGCAGAGGAAGUCUAAAAAGACAGAAAAGAUGACCGCUGCAUCGGAGGGCGCUGGUGAACAGUAACACACACCCCCUCGCACACGGCUCUCCCCCCUUCCCACCCUGCUCUCCUCCCCGCGGACGAAGGAACUGAUGGAAGGGGUAACGUGCUCUAGGCCGACUGGGGAACUGCUUGUGGCAAAACUGCAUUUUCUGCAAUAAUGGAAUGCACUUUUAAUUUUCACCUCCUGAAAUAAUCCCAAGCCACCUUUGUUUAUUACCAAACCAAGGAUCUCGUUUGUGAAAGCUGCAGAAUAGCUGUGUUUCUCUCUUCUCAUACUUACCAGCCCCUUGUGGGGGAACCAGGGUCACCCUGCCCGAGAAAAGCAUGCCUUGCCCCGGUGGUGGUAGUGGGGCGCCACGGCUUUUCAGUCCGGGAACCCUGAAGCUGGGCAAUGGCACGUAUCUGCAUGGCCGAGAGCGCCGCUCUGCCGUGAGAUCGGGGCUCCAGAGUACUCCUGUGUGUGGGAGAGCUUCUCCCCUCGCGUUUGUGUCUGGACAGUGAGACAACCCCACUGUAGGAACACGGGUGCCCCGCCACAUAAUUAUGUACGGCAGCAAAAGGCAAGCGAACUCUUCUGCUCGCUGGGCAUCUGAAAGAGAGAAAAGAAUUUGUUAUUUGUUAACCCCAGAAGGAAGCAGAAGCCUGCAGAAUGUGGAUGUGGGUAUUACCUUGGGGUUCUGAGGGUAACAUUUAUCCUCCAGAUUGAGCUGAACACAGGAAAAAAAUCAGACGGUAAUGCAGCCCGGGAUAUGGCGAUCCGUUGUUUACUCUGCUCCCGCUGCAUGUUCAGUAGUUCACCGACACACAGAACGUAGUUCCUUUUUUCCCCAACAAAUUGAACAGGAAAUUGAUUUUUAAGGAAACCAACAUUUUCAGGUUUCCUCUCCUGGGGAAAAUUCUGGCUAGUCUUCAGCCUGACUGUGACACAAUCAGGAACUUGUCACAUAUUUUCUACUUAAGAUCUCCCAAGUGGGCUCAGUUAGUGUUUUAACAAAUGUACUUUUAAGAAAAAUAGGAAUACUGGUUAGAGAAAAUUUAGAUUUGAGUAACACGCAACCAGAGAAGCAAUUUUAUUGAGCACACGGAAUGUUCCCGUAAAGGAGAGCUGACAGUUGGAUUUUAGAGAUGUUUUGAAUGGUUUUUCUGAGCCAUUCUCUUUCAUUCUUCAGAGAUUUCCAUGUUACACCUAAAGCUUGUUUAAGAGAGUCCACAGGAUAUAGUCUACUAGCAGAGACAGUUAAGCUUAUUUGAAAGCCAGUAUAUGAAGGAUUUCAGUAUUUCAUCAAACCAAUUCAAGCAUGGGAGACUAGGGCAGAAGGAGGAGAAAAUAAACCCAUCUUGAGAAACUUCAAAUGCUCGGUUGUUUGUUGUUGUUGUUUUGUUUUUUAUGCUCGUGUCUCUGGUUGUCUUUGAUGCAUUGGCUAUAAAAAUGAGGUCAUCCACUUUCCAAGGGACGAGUUUCAAAAUAAGAGUUGAGGCCAGAUGAAUCUUCAACUAGUGUUUUACUUCCUUUUACUACAUGGUAGGGGGGUCUCGGUCCAUAUUGUACACUGGAAAGGUUUAUACACAGAGCUGGGGGAAGGCUUUUGAAGGUUACAGUUAACAGAUAAUGGAAAGGGGCUCCUGCCCAUCUAGCACCAUCUUGUAUUUUGGACAUUGUGACUUAUUUUUAAUUUAUUUAAUUUAUUUUAUUUUUUUUGCUUGCCUGAAUAUCUGAAAUCUGGAAUUGGCUGAACUAGAAACUUAUAAUCCUGUCUUUCCCUAAAGCCUGUUUCCUUUUUAGUGACAGAGUAUUGUCUGUUAUACUUUGAUCCUUUUGUCCCUAGUACAGAUCAUUCAUUCAUUCAGUGCUCAGAAACACUGACAUAAAGUAACAUUGUGUUUUACAGUUAUGAGAGUCACUAUGUAUGUUUUUCUGACUAUCUUCAUUUGGUGUAUGAUAAUGAGAUUGCCAUACUGGAUAUUCUAUUAAUACUUGAGAUGUGUGGUGCUUCACUAUUUAUUAAUAUGACGAGAAACAAGGAACCACUAUUCAUGAACUACAAAAUUCAGUAGAUCUUUCCUAAUACCAAAAGACUAAAUUAGUCAAAAUCUGGUAAUACUAUUGCUUGCUAUUGUAAACUUUUUGCCCUUUUUGCUUAUCUUUGGGGGGGAAAAAAAGUGAUCUGGAUCACACUGGAAGUUUUGCUCUGUAUUCAUUUUAAGAGUGGAAAUAGAGGAUGACUAUCUGAAGUUAUGUUUACACUUUGGUAAUAUUUGAAAAUGGACGUAUAUACUGGAAAUGUCUGUAAGUCUCAGUCUCUGCACAUAAUUUAUGAUCUCUAUUAUAUUGCAUUUCCUUAAAUGUCUUAGAAGUAUUGUUCUUGAACUUUAUUUGUACACUUCCAGUGAGUAGACCAAUGACCAGCUGAAAAUGUUAUAAAUCAAAUUCUUAUUCCUCAAAUCACUUAGUUUGUAUUAUAACUAUUUUUAUUUUUAAGUUAAGUUACAGUGAUUUUAGGUCUUACUGAGUUAUUUUAAUAUUACUACUUAAAACUGCUGAAAUCGUAAAAGGCACUUGAUUUGACUGUCCAGCCAAGGAUAAAAUGUAAACUGAUUGAUCAAAGAGUAUGAAAACAAAGUGCAGGACCUCAGAACUUAUGAACAUUUUGUUUCCGUAUUAUUUCUUUUCUUGACUCUAGUGCAUGAUGCCUAAUCGAGGUUCCAGUGUCUUCAACAACUCCUACUUUAAUGCUAGUGGUUUUCGGUGUCCAUACAGUUUAACGUAGACUUGUUGUUUCAUGAACCUUAAAGACUUUGCAGUUUUUUAUUUAUCAGAAAAUGAACAGAAAGGGAAUAUCUGGUUACUUUGAACUAUAUUCCCUAAAUGACAGCUCAGUAUGACUCUAAUAAUAGCCAAAUUGUUUUGGGGUAUAGGUAAUGCUUUGGGGGUGAGGCCAAGCUGUAGACGGGGAACAUUGUAUGAGCUAAAUGUCUGGGACAGAGUCUUCCAUUAAAGGACUUCAGUUUUUAUAACAGAUUACUUGAUUUAAGACCAUCUCCCUUAAAGUAACUCACAGUUUAUGCAAUAGUUUUCUCAUUCUUUUUUUUUUUUUUUUUGCCUGAUUCCAAAGUGUACUUCAGAGUGAUACAUUAGGGCAGAAACCUAAUAUUGCCCAUUUGGACACAUUGAUGAAGUCCACCAUUAAUUUCAUGACAAUAAAGCUAUCAUUCUAUGUUAUCCUCCUUUAGCUGGGGUUGACGUGGAUUUCCGGCCCUCAACAUCACUGAAGUGUUCUUACCCCCCAGUGGUUUGUGACUGCAGUAUUGUAGUGCUCAUUCCAGACUUAGCUUUGAAGGGGCAUGAAAUGGGACCACCUGUUCUGGGCUUCUUUGUUGUUGUUGCAAACAAAGUGGCAAGAGGACAAGGGAGGAACCAAAUUAACCUUUGCUGCUGCCUUUCAUCCUGUGUCAUCCCUGGCCCCAAAUUGUAAGAGGUCCCUGAAGAUUCUAAAGGGAGAUGUCCCAACAAUUCUGAAAGAAAUGUUUAUACUUUGGAGAUGUUGUAGCUCCUCAUUACAUUGACAUAUUUAAGAAUUCCCAGAUUCCAUUUGAGCAGCUAAAUGUUCUGUCCCAGUAGGGCCCUGAUGAGAGGCCUUUCACUCUGGUGGACAGUGGUCACUACAGUUCAUGUCACCUACUUAAUGCUAAGUCCUCAGUGCUUUCUGAAGGAAAGGUAAAAUGGAAAAGAAAAGCCCAGGGUUUUUGCAAAAUAUCUUUUCAAAUUUACCUUUAAUCAAGGAUCUACCCGUCUACUAUUCUGAAGCUAAACAUUGAAGGAUGAAGUCCAGAAAUAAAAUGUACAUAUUUUCCACGGAGUUGUUUUCCUUCUAAAAAUGGGGGUGGGGAGUCAAUGCUCAAAAGAAAGCCGCGGUAUAAGAAAUAUGAAUGUGUGUCAGUGACUCAUUCCUGAAAAACAGCCUGGGUAUGUAGGCAGAUUUUUGUUUUUAUAUUUGUCUUAGGUAGUUAAAGUCUCAGGAAAUUUAGUCUUGGUCCAACACACUGGGGGAAGAAAUCAUACUAGCCAGGACACCAGUAGAUUUUGAGUAACUUUGAACCCCUACCGCACCAUCGGCAGUAUAGAAGUGAUCCCACCAGCAAGUCAGAGGGCAAAGAAGCUCACAGAAUCCAUUUUCCCCUGGAGAAUAAAAGCCUCAAGUUCUGCCUUAGGGUAAACAGAGGGUCUUUCAGUGCUCUGUGGAUGUGUCGAGUGAAUGGUUGUGACUUCCAAGCUUACAUACGUGCGUGGUGUGGAUCAAGCACAGCAUGUGACCUGCUUCCAGAUCUACAGUGUGGGGAAGGACAGAAACGGGAUGAUUUCCAAUCCUUGGCCCUACCCCAACCCCAAAACUGCUAGAGAUUCAAGAAUGAAUAGGAGGUUAACGCAUAAGAGAACCAGAGGCAACUUCUCAAUAAUGUGCAUGCCACGUGUGUAGAUGUACAGAACUCCCUGUGUGUGAAUAUAUUCCUACCUUACACAUACACACACACACACACACACCCCGCAAUCACAUUGCAUAAAAAUAUAUAUAUAUUGUAUAUGGAACUUGGUAAUGUCAGUUAGGACCCUAAGCAGUAAUCAUAACCUUAUUGCCACUUUUUGUGUGUGUAUACAUUGAAUGGCUCAUAAGAUUUUGAGAGAUUUUUUUAAAGUAAGUAUUUCUACUAAAUGCACUUAUCCUUCUACAUGUUUAUAUAUUUUGGUAAAAUUGAUUUAUUAGAUACUUGGUAUUUUAGUAAGAUAAAGUUUCCUCAGAUGUUUGGUUCAUGCUUUGAUGUCAAGAUUGCACAUUGCUGAGUCGAACCUCAGAAAUGUAUGCAGCUUUGGGCAUUUUCAACUGCGGACCGCAGUUUCCUCGGCUAAAAAUUGCACCGCGUGUUCUUGUGCAUUCGCUCAUGCUCCGCAGUGACAUACUUAGUGGCUGUGAUGCUUAAGUCACCAACUACUGGCUCUCUGAUGGCACUGUUGUCAUCACAUGAUCAUUUAUUAACUUCUUUUGUGGAGUGACGGCAUGGUUAGGUCAUUGCCAAAUACAAUGCAAGUGGAUGUGAGCGUGUGAGUAUGUUGUUGGAAGGUGUACCCGUCUCUUUCUUUCAGCGGUUUUAUUCACACACCCAGGUUUUCUUUGAAGGAUUUAAUCUUUCAUCCGUGAAAGAACAAUUGGCCACAAAUAGUUACAUUACCUUGGAAAGCGGGAAUUAAUAGGCACUCCAGCUAGAUAACACCUCCCAACGACAUCAGAUGUAGUUAGUGUUUUGUAAAUCUCCUUAAAUAUUUAUAUAUAUAUAUAUAUAUACAUAUAUAUACAUAUAUGUUUUCCUUAAUAUUAUUUAUGGUCACCACUACUGCUUUUGUAUUUUUUAAUGGUGUUGCAAUUAAACCACGAGUAUGCCUGCUACUCGUCAGUAACAAAACCAGUCCGCUGAAAAAAGAAACGAGAGAGAAUGAAUUCUGUUCCAUUGUAAGAAGUUGAUUUAUUUUAACCUUUCUUUAUGUAUCGCUGCAGGAAAAGAGUUGUUUGAAAAACCAUUUUAAGUCCAAUAAGUAUGGAUAGCAUGUUAUCUGAAACUUUUAAUUUGUACAUUUUGGCGUCUGAUCAUUUGCAUGGAAGAGACAAUAGUACCAUGUCUGACUCGUUCUCUUGUGCUUGGUUAAUAUGUACUUCUCUAGAUUGUUCCGUUUCAAGCAACAUUUCUUACUCUUUGGUUUUCAGAGGCAUUCAGAGCAAACUAUCACAAUGGUCCUCUGUUUUCUGACCAAUCUAAAAAUACCUGUGAUUAAAUUUAAUUUGUCAGUGUAAAUAAAUUUCUUGCCAAUGAGUAUUAUUGUUGUUAGACAACGAAUGCAAUAAAAAGAGAAAUAUGGACAUC